AUGGCAGUAGAACCCGUGAUUUCUGCCAUAAAAUUUGUUUCCCAAAGGACCCAGUUGCUCCAAAUCCACGCUCACAUUAUACGCACAACCCUUAUUCAAUACCCCCCAGUUUCUCUUCAGUUCUUGUCCCGUGUAGCUCUCUCUGGUCCGUUGCAAGAUGCCGACUAUUCCCACCGUUUCUUUGAGCAACUCACCCACCCCUUGCUUUCCCAUUACAACACCAUGAUCAGGGCCUGUUCCAUGAGUGAUUCCCCGCGAAAGGGUCUUCUUUUAUAUCGAGAUAUGAGAAGAAGAGGCAUAGCUGCAGACCCUUUAUCAGCUUCCUUUGCUGUUAAGUCUUGUAUUAGGUUCCUGUAUCUUCUUGGAGGGGUUCAGGUUCAUUGCAACAUAUUCAAAGACGGCCACCAAUGGGAUACCCUUUUGCUCACUGCUGUCAUGGACUUGUAUUCGCAAUGCCAGAGAGGUGGUGAUGCGAGUAAGGUGUUUGAUGAGAUGCUUCAGAGGGACACUGUUGCUUGGAAUGUGCUGAUCUCUUGCUGGGUUCGAAAUAAUAGGAUUCGGGACGCUUUGAGUUUGUUUGAUGCUAUGCAGCAUUCUAGCAAUAAAUGUGAGCCUGAUGAUGUUACUUGUUUACUUCUUCUUCAGGCUUGUGCUCAUUUGAAUGCCUUGGAAUUCGGUGAACGAAUUCAUGGUUAUAUAAUGGAGCGUGGUUAUGGGGAUGCUCUCAAUUUAUGUAAUGCACUCAUAUCAAUGUACUCACGGUGUGGUUGUUUAGAUAAGGCUUAUGAGGUGUUUAAGAGAACAGGAAAUAAAAGUGUGGUUUCAUGGAGUGCUAUGAUCUCUGGUUUGGGAAUGAAUGGAUAUGGGAGAGAAGCUAUUGAGGCAUUUGAAGAGAUGCUGAGAAUUGGCAUCCAGCCUGAUGAUCAGACAUUCACGGGUGUCCUUUCAGCUUGCAGACAUUCUGGAAUGGUUGAUGAGGGAAUGUCAGUUUUUGACCGUAUGAACAGACAGUUUGGGAUAACUCCCAACGUUCAUCACUAUGGCUGCAUGGUUGAUCUCUUGGGCCGUGCUGGCCUGCUUGAUAAGGCUUAUCAGCUUAUUAUGUCAAUGGUGGUGAAGCCAGAUUCCACAAUAUGGAGGACAUUGCUUGGGGCUUGCAGAAUUCAUGGCCAUGUUAGACUUGGUGAACAAGUAAUUGGGCAUUUGAUUGAAUUGAAAGCUCAAGAAGCUGGGGAUUACGUUUUACUUUUGAAUAUUUAUUCUUCAGCUGGACACUGGGAAAAGGUGGGAAAGGUGAGGAAAUUAAUGAAAGAUAAAGCAAUCCAAACCACGCCUGGUUGUAGCACAAUUGAACUGAAAGGAGUAGUACACGAGUUUGUAGUGGACGACAUUUCACAUUCGAAAAAUCGUGAGAUUUAUGAGACACUCAAUGAGAUUAAUCAUCAGCUGAGGAUUGCUGGUUACGUUGUUGAACUUUCAUCUGAGUUACAUAAGAUGGGUGACAAAGAAAAGGGGUUUGUGCUCUCACAUCACAGUGAAAAAUUGGCUGUUGCUUUUGGAGUUCUUGCAACUCCACCUGGCACAACACUAAGAGUGGCCAGUAAUCUCCGUAUAUGUGUGGAUUGCCACAAUUUUCUAAAACUUUUUUCUGGGGUUUACAACCGUGAUGUAAUUCUUAGAGACCAUAAUCGGUUUCACCACUUCAGGGGAGGGCACUGCUCAUGUAGCGACUAUUGGUAG